AUGAAAGCCUUAGGGAAUCAUCUUGGUCUAGACCUUGAUUUUUUCAAAGCGGUUAACAAAUUUGAUGAUAAAGCGCUUAGCAGACUUAAUAUGAGUGAUUUAGCCGCUGGUCCUAAGGCUUGUUAUCUAAGUCAUUAUUCAGUCUUUGAAUUAAUUGUCAAAAACGGUUAUGAAAAUGCUGUAAUUUUUGAAGAUGACGUGGAUAUGGAGCUUAACAUUACCGAUAUUAUGUCUGAAGUUCAUCAUAAUUUACCUAAUAAUUGGGAUAUGUUAUAUCUUGGACAUUGUCAUGAGAAGGGUGACAAACUCUUUAAAACCAAUUUAACUGUUCAUGUAUUACAUAAAUCAGGUUAUCCAAAAUGUGCACACGGUUAUGCUGUUUCCGCUAGAGGCGCUAAGAAGUUAUUAGAAAAACUUAAAAUUGACAACACAACAAAUAAGAUUGAUAGGGAUAUACCUGCUCUUAUUAUGUCUGGAGAAAUAAUUAGCUAUUCGAUUUAUCCACGAAUUGUCGUGCAGUUUAAAGGUGUUAAUGACCUAUCAGAUGUUACUCCG